AUGAAUGAAGGAUUGCUCCCAUUGCUUGACAGUUCGGAAGAUGAGUCAGAAUUAGAUAACUUCCCUUUUACUAUGCCUGGGUUAAUCACAAUGCCAAGCACAGGGAGAAGGUUUACACAAUGGUCAAAAGAGUCAGCCAGUGCAACUGAAGUCAGCAAUCCUGAGUUUUCGCCAAUCAGAAGCCACAAGCGACGAUCCACAAUGGCUACAACACUUACUAAAACCCCGACCGUUGAUCACAGUUUUCUAUUCAAAUUAAGAUGUGACCACUGCAAAGCUUAUAUCAAGCCUGUCGAGUCCUCAAUACCUACUAGUGCAGCCUGAUUUGACUGUGGUAGUAUGUGCCUACUGGGCUGCUGGUUUGGGACUUGCCUUUUUCCCCUCAUUGAUGCCUCAUAUCAGCUUUCCCAAAAAAGUGCAGCCAAUGCGGAAAAACUUUAA